AUGAGUAGGAGGAAGCUUGGUCCAAAAAUCGUGAGUAUCAACUAUCAACGUAGUCGUCUGGCUCGUCUGAAGGACGAGGCUGAUGCAUCAAAAUUAGAGGAAGCUCGGGCAAAAAAUCGUGAGAAUCAAUGUAGUCAUCUGGCUCGUCUGAAAGCCAAGGCUGACGCAUCCAAAUUGGAGGAAGCCCGGGCCAAAAAUCCUAUCCAUGAUGAUAAAGGCAGCUCCUGUAAGAGGAAACGGGACAUGACUUCAGAAGUUGGUAAUAUAAGUAUUUUUGACUCUGGCCUUUGGGAACCAGAAGAUGCAUUGCAUGGAAUAGAGGAUUUCAAAUACGAGUAUUGUAUAGAACCCAUAACAAGAAUGAAUGGUCAUGGUCCUUAUAACUUUGUGUAUGUGGGUCUUCCUAAGACCCAUCAUGUCUUGAAGAAAGCGCAGAACUAUUUUUAUUGUCGCGCAAAGAGGUUUGAAGAAGUGCUAGAUGAGCUCCGUCGAUUGUUCACAAGUCAAACUGAUAUGGAUACAAAGUACUUCGGAAGGAACAUUCGUUACUUCAAUACACAUUUUUCUAUCACCAACAUGGGGGUUUCCAUUGAUCGUAGUUUAGCAACAGCAAAGGGUAUUGGUAUUUAUACAUUUAAAGCUCAUGGCCAAAUAUAUCACAAGUUGGAUCAACUUGUGCCUGGUGUUCGGGGACCACACCACAUGCAGUUGUACUUUUAUGACACAUAUGAGACUAUGCAUCAUAGGAUCAAAAGGUCUCCACACCUUGACGCUGGUGUCAUCCGCAGUAUAUUGAACAUCAUGCAAGACAAUCCGUAUGUUCAAAUACUUAAGAGUCUGGGCACUCUUACCAACUUGGAUUGCUACACUAUUGAGCUAAAUACAAGUAUUUCUGUUGACCAGAGAAGAUACAAUGCGCCCGCAAUGGAGCAAGUUGCUGCUAUAUGGUUUGAUAGAAAUGACCCACAACAAAGGUUUGAGUGA